AGAAGAAGCAGAAGAAGAAGGUUCAUCCUCCAGCCCAGCAGGCGGUGCUCCUGGCGGAGAAGCUACUUAGCAGGUCGCCUUUCAGAAACACGGAUACGACGGUAAACCUUCGGUGUCUGGAGGAACUGUUGGCUUCUCUGGACUGAUUUUGGAUUAAAGGGUCUACACAGGAAGGGACCCCCACCAUGGCGGACAUCAAGAACUUCCUGUACGCCUGGUGUGGAAAGAAGAAGCUCACUCCCAACUACGACAUCCGAGCAGCAGGGAACAAAAACAGGCAGAAGUUCAUGUGCGAGGUCCGUGUCGAUGGCUUCAACUACAUCGGGAUGGGCAACUCCACCAACAAGAGGGACGCUCAGACCAACGCUGCCAGGGACUUUGUCAACUACCUGGUCCGAAUCGGGGAAAUGAGCGCAGCAGAGGUCCCGGCUCUGGGGGCGAGCGCUCCAGAUGGCGACCAGCUGGAUGGAGGAGGAGGAGGAGGAGCAGAAGGAGGUGGAGGUGGGAGCUUUGGAAACCUCCCUUCCGGCGCUCCACUGCCGCCUCACCUGGUAGUCAAAGUUGAGAAAGAAGAGAGCGGCGGCACUGGACCAGUACCAGGAGUGACUGGACUCGGUUACUCUGGAGGAGGAAACUCUGGAUGGAGCGGAGGAGGAGGAGCAGCAGCAGGAGGAGGAGGAGGAGCUCAGUGGGACCGAGGAGCCAACCUGAAGUACUACGCCAAGAGAGACGAACAGGAAGCGCAGGCGACGCUGGAGUCCGAGGAGGUGGACCUGAACGCUAAUCUCCAUGGCAACUGGACUCUGGAAACGCCAAGGCCCGUCUGA